AUGUCUUUGUACAACCCUUCUUCAAAGUCAUCUCAGAAUAUGAACAAGAGUACCAUGUCUUCUGAAACGGGAGAGACAUCUUCUGGCUACGAUGACCGCCACACUCAGCAAGGAGACAGUGGUUCCACGUCUGCUGAUUCUUCUGGUUCGCAAGACGCAGGUCCAUCCGAAGGAACGGCUAAUGCUACCCCUCGAAGUUCAUCAACUACUAGCGGAGAUAAGCCCGCCGAUUCUCGAAUGAUUGUUGAUGAUCCGUUCGAUAACGAGAAACGGCAAAUCCUUUUCAAUGCUAUUGAUAGGCUUCAAGCUUGUGGCUCCCACAAGUACUUGGCCAUUCCACAGCUCGUCGUCGUAGGGGAACAAUCUUCUGGGAAAUCAUCCCUGCUCAGAACAUUGACUGACAUUUCAUUCCCCGUCAUGGCUGGGAUUGGUACACGCUUUCCAAUUCGUGUCGUUUCGCGCCGUAGCCCUAGUGCACAGGGCAGUAGGGAACGAUUUCGUAUUUCACUAGAACGCGCACCACGAGAUGUGAACGGCUUGCAACGAGCUGAUGCUGCUGCAGACGAGUACCGUCUAGAGGGAGACACUUUGACCAUGGACGUAUUUGAGGCUGCGCUUAAGGAUCUCUCUGAGAAUAAAAUUGGCAUCAGAAAGGGUCAAGGCAUAGGGGCUAAAAACUUUGUCCCAGAUAUUGUCAGAGUUGAACUUGAAGGACCUCACAGAUCUCCUUUCAACAUUCUGGAUCUCCCAGGCCUCAUCUCCUCAGAAUAUGGUGUCAAUGAACCUGAGCCCCUCGGGACACAGGAACUAGCUAAGGAAUACAUCUCCCGACAGGAAAACACAAUCAUAUGCACAAUACCCGCAACUUCUGACCUGGGAAAUCAACGGGCUUAUCAGAUUUGCAAGGAACAUAUAUCAGACAAGAGGCGACUGGUUGGCGUUUUCACAAAGUGUGACAAAGCGGAUCGCGAAGAAGCCGAGCGAGCAGUCAUUUCAGCAAAAAGUAAUAUUGUCAACGGAGACUCGAUCUUCGUGGAUGGCAUGUUUGUCGUCUGUAAUAAGACGUCAGAGUCCCGCGUCAAUGAGGAUGAGUUCUUCAGCCUCAAGCCUUGGUCUCAGAUACACAGUGAACGCAGAGGAAGCAGGAAACUCAAAGAUCAUCUUGGGGAGAUUCUGACUCACGAAAUUGAAAAGGCAUUUCCAAAGCUUGAAAACAACAUAAAUUCAAGGCUAAAGGAGAAGCGUGCCAGGCUCAAAGACAUGGGUGAACCUCGACUCAAUGAUAGUCAGAAACAGGAGUAUCUCAACCACUUCGUACGCGAGUACUCCUCCAGAUGCACAUUGGCUCUUAGACGACCAGGAUUACUCGAGUCAGAGACCAUGGACCUGAGACAAGAGCUGAAUCACAUCAACACCCAGUUUGACAAGGUCAUGAGAUGGGUUGGCGGGUUCUGGAGGUUUGACAACGAGGGCGUGGAUCCACGGGCCGUUUGCAUCGCAUACGGAGCAUUCAUCGACAAGAAACAGGAGCAGUCGAAAACAGCGGGAGAAAUCUUAUUUACGGUCCCUGAGCCAGAGGAUUACAUGGAGGAGCUGAAAAAGAUCCCGGCAUUUGAGGAGUAUGAGCAUGUCGAGCCUUAUGGCAAAUUUGAGUACACGGUGAAGAGCAAACUUCGCAGGUUCGGCGCGUCUCAACCGCCUGGCGUGGUAAACUCGGACAUUUAUCCGGUCAUCUAUCGAGCUCAAGUAUCCAAGUGGAGCUCUAUAGCACAAGAGCACUUGGACAGAGUCAAAGAUGCAAUGAAGUCAAGCUAUGAGGAGAUUCUGCGUUUUGUUUGCCCGGACUCUGGAGGCACCAUGAUUUUGCAUCAUGAGCUCAAAAACCGUCUUCAUUCAAUGUUUUGUGAGACACUGAGCAAAGCCCAACAAGAACUGGACAAGUACUGCGAACAAGAAACUCAAAAGGAGCUUCUUCAAACCACCAACAAUGAGUUCAGAACUAAACUGGAAUCUUGGCGAUUGUUGAGAUACGCCAGAGCUUUCUACCUUGGGGCCGGUGGUGAAGAGCCCCAAAACCUUAUCUCAAGGCAGACUUUGGACAAGAUGUGGAUGAAUAUGGAUUUUUCAAACCAUGACAGAAUGGUGCACGAUAUACAUGAUGUUAUCAAAGUAUAUUAUGGGAUUUCCCUGGAGUCAUUCAUUAGCCAUGUCACUCAAACCAUAGUGGAGGGUUUUGUGAUGGACAAAAAUGGCCCUUUGAGGAAGAUGACAACUGAAUAUGUUCUCAGCCUUCCAAAACAAGAAGUCAGCGACAUGACGAAAGAGGACAAAACGGCAGGUCAGCUGAGAAUGCAACUGAACAGGGAUAUUAAAGAACUGGAGAGUGAUCAGGAGAUCGCGAAAGAGGCAAGGGUUAAAGUGGAGGCAUUGAAGCGUGAUUGA